UUCUUCCCGUUCUUCCAGCAAGCAAGCGGGAAAAGGACGGAGGAUAGACGAAUCUCUAAUGUUUUAUGCGGUUCUAUUUUGAGCCAAAAAGUAGCAAUACUUAAAUUAUGGAUUUGACACCGAUGACAGACAUUUCACAGUUGUUCACCAAAGAUGAGCAGAUUUUUGACAGUGAACAGCUAUUUCAAGAGGGUCACGUAGCUUUUAAUCAAGCAGACAACAGUCAUGAUGAUGAUGAUGACCAUAGAUUUAGUGUUUUGCAAAGCUAUUGCAAGCGAUUAAAAGAGCAAAACAGAUCCCAGCAAGAAACUUUAGUAGAAAAUGAAGAAACUAUUAGAGGGCUUCAACUCGAGCUGCAAGAUGCAAAGAAUAACACUCAAGAGAAGAAUCUGCAACUUGUGGAAAUGCAGAAACAUUUGCUAUCAUUAAAUCUUGAGAAGGAAGAAAUGUUGACCACAUCUCAAAAUGAGAAAGCAUUCAAAGACAAAAAUAUCAAAGAGUUGCAGGAGCACAUAAUUGAGUUGAGAUGUGAAAAUGAAGAUUUGACAAAAGCAAGGAAUAAUGAAAUUUCUAAGAAGAAAGCUAUGGAAAAUUACCUUGAGGACUUGAAGUCAAAAUCUGAACUAUCCUUUCAUUCUUUGCAAAUAGAGCAUGGGAUAGAAGUGGAUUUCUACAAGGAGAGGAUUAAUUUUUUGGAAAAUGAACUUUUCCAUUCCAGGGCUGAUUUAGAACAGUGCAUUAAAAAUUUUCAGGAAAAUAAAAUCCACUGGAAGGAAAUGACAAUAAAUGAUGGUAUAGUAGCUGAGUGCAUUAAGUUAACUGCGGCAAUUGUGCUUUUCACUUCAGCAAAUUGUUCCCAAUCUCGUCCUGACUCUGUGAUUUCAGACGGUAGAAUCUUCUUGUGUACAUCAAUAAAUUCACCAAGGAAAAUUAAUCGCCCAAUAAUAUUUGAGCGAUCGCUGAAAAUGGAAAUCUCUCAAAGCUUGCAAAAUGACUUACUACAAGUUGUUCGAAGGACCAGUGCAAAGGAAGAAAUCAAAAAUUUGGACUGCAAGCAAGAAAAGCCUGCUGCCAAAAUAAGCAUGAGGAAAAUCAUUUUGAUUUACAAGGAAAAACAACAUCCUGAUCUGCAUAUUUUGGCUGUGCACAGCUACAAUUUACGAGAGCUGUAA